AUAGUGUUUUUGCUAACCAUGCUAAUAGUUUGUGACUGUAAAUAAUUGUUGUUUAUUUUUAUAACUGUAUUAAUAUAAUAAUUUACUGUAGGUUAUGAUAUAAAUAUUAAGUAAUACAGAAGCAUUAUAUAUCAAUGAGUAUAUCGCAAGAAAGAUUCAGUGUUUACGGAACUGACUGAAGUGAAACAGGUCACAGUUUAUUAAUUUAUUAAAUAAAUGUUAUAAUUCAGUCCAGUUUUACACAUUAUAAACUGUUCUGUCAGGUUUAAAUGAGCUGGAUUAUUUAAUCAGAUUAUCCAGAAUGAUAUACCACACAGCAAACCUUCAGAAUUUAGCAGUUUAGCAGCAUGUAACAGUGUUCCGUACAUUUAUUUAUUAUUAUUAUUUAGUUUUGUGAGAUUGUGAUAAUAAACGUUUACAGAAUAAAAUUCCUUGACUUGUUUACUCUAAUAUUCCCUCUAAUAAUCCCACACCCCCGAUUACUCCCCAACUCAUACCAGUAGGUGGACUGGCUAGUCCUUAUUUACAUCGUGUGAAUGCUUGAGUGUAGUAGUGAUGCACACACACACACACACACACACACACACAGAUUUGUGCAUUACUGUAUUAGCAGAUCUUAUUGAAGGUGCCACAACUUUUGCAUGUACAUUUUAUAUCACAUUGUUUUUGCUAAAGUCUAACAUUUAGUCCAGGGUGUUUUGUUUACGCUGGGUUUUGUUUACGCUGGGUUUUGUCUACCUUGAAAUGUGUGAUGUUCUGUAGAUAAAACAGUAAUAUAGUCCGUUGUGUGUAUGUGUGUGUAUUUUUUGGGGUUGGUGAAUGUUAGUGGUUGAUUAAAGUUGGGAGUGGAACAUGGGCAGUUGAAUGAUAGCAGUUGAACAUUGUGAGCUGGUGAAUGUUAGAGUUGAUGAAUCCUUUUUUCCACACUGUAGAAGGCGGCUGUGAGCCGGGCGUUCUGUUUAACUUCAGCUGUUUACAGUGAAGAGUUCUAAAUAUCUGAGAGGAACGUCACAUCCAAAUAAAAAUCUGAGUUGUGUACGUGCGGUUCCUCUCCGGCGCUCCUCGUACAGCAGAGACCUUCCAUCCUACGCAGAGGGAGCAGAAGAUGCUGAAGAAAUGAUAGCAGCUCAGGAACUACAGUCUGAUUGCUACUAUCCCCAUGAGGUGGACACUCAGUUCUCCUCAGAUACAGAUUUGGAGGAUCCUGAGGGACGCAUCAAACCCAGCAAAGGAAAGAAGGGUAAAAAAGCAGCGGGUGUGCGAGCACCAGGCCGAGUGAACGGCCACCAUCAGGAGAAUGGAACAGAGAACCUUAGUCUGUUCGACAUCAUCCGACUGGGCAAGAGUGCCACACAGUCGGUGGUGGACGAUUGGAUUGAAGCCUAUAAGAAUGACCGAGACACAUCUCUCCUGGAGCUCAUUAACUUCUUCAUACACUGCGCUGGCUGUAAAGGUGCUGUGAGUUCAGAGAUGUUCCGACACAUGCAGAACUCGGAGAUCAUUCGGAAGAUGACUGAGGAAUUUGAUGAGGACAGCGGUGAUUACCCCCUGACCAUGGCUGGCCCGGUGUGGAAGAGGUUCCGCUGGGGAUUCUGUGAGUUUAUCUCGGUGUUGGUGCGCCAGUGUCAGUACAGCAUCAUCUACGACGAGUGCAUGAUGGAUACGGUCAUCUCGCUGCUCACCGGCUUGUCCGACUCACAGGUCCGCGCCUUCAGACACACCAGCACCCUCGCAGCAAUGAAGCUGAUGACAGCGCUGGUGAAUGUGGCUCUGAAUCUGAGCAUUAACAUGGAUAACACACAGAGGCAGUACGAAACCGAACGCAACAAGAGUAUCGGCAAGAGAGCCAACGAUCGUCUAGAACUACUGCUGCAGAAACGCAAAGAGCUCCAGGAGAACCAGGAUGAGAUUGAGCACAUGAUGAAUGCCAUAUUUAAGGGCGUGUUCAUCCAUCGAUACAGAGAUGCCAUAGCAGAGAUCAGAGCGAUCUGUAUCGAGGAGAUCGGCGUGUGGAUGAAGAUGUACAGUGAUGCGUUUCUGAAUGACAGUUACCUGAAGUAUGUGGGCUGGACCAUGCACGAUAAACAGGGGGAGGUGAGGUUAAAGUGUCUGACAGCAUUACAGGGUCUCUAUUAUAACCGAGAGCUGAACGCCAGACUGGAACUCUUCACCAGCCGCUUCAAGGAUCGGAUCGUGUCCAUGGCUCUGGAUAAGGAGUACGACGUCGCUGUUCAGGCCAUCAAACUGCUCACGCUCGUCCUGCAGAGCAGUGAGGAGGUGCUGACAGCAGAAGACUGUGAGAGUAUCUAUCACCUGGUUUACUCUGCACAUCGUCCCAUCGCCAUCGCAGCAGGAGAGUUUCUCUAUAAAAAGCUGUUCAGUCAGAGAGGUCCUGAGGAGGAAGGUCUGCCCAGGAGAGGCCGACAGUGUCUGAACUCAAACCUCAUCAAAACCACCGUCUUCUUCUUCCAGGAGAGUGAGCUGCAUGAGCAUGGAGCGUACCUGGUGGACAGUCUGUGGGAAUGUGCCUCAGAUCUGCUGAAGGACUGGGAGAGUAUGAUCAGCCUCCUGCUGGACGAACCCUUUCCUGGAGAGGAAGCUCUAACAGACAAACAGGAGACGGCUCUGAUCGAGAUCAUGCUGUGUGCUGUCAGACAGGGAUGUGAGUGUCACCCACCCAUCGGGCGUGGCACUGGGAAGAGGGUGUUGACGGCAAAAGAAAAAAAAACCCAGAUGGAUGAUCGGACCAGGAUCACUGAGAUCUUUGCUGUUGCUCUGCCGCUCCUGCUGGCUAAAUACUGCGUGGAUUCUGAGAAGGUAACGAACCUGCUGCAGUUACCGCAGUACUUUGACCUGGAGAUCUACACCACUGGUAGAUUGGAGAAGCACUUGGAUGCUCUGCUGCGUCAGAUCCGUGACGUGGUGGAGAAGCACACGGACACAGGCGUGCUGGAGGUGUGUUCUGUGACCUUCCAUCAUCUGUGUAAUGAAGAGUUCACCACCUAUAACCGAGUGGACAUCAUGCUGAGCCAGCUGAUGGACGAGCAGAUCGACAAGUUCAACCGGCUGCUCGACGACUUCCUGCUGGAGGGGGAGGAGCCUGAUGAAGACGACACGUUUCAGGUUUUAUCUACACUGAAGAGAAUCACCGCCUUCCACAAUGCCCAUGACCUCACUAAGUGGGAUCUGUUCACCUGCAAUUACAAACUGCUGAACACAGGACUGCAGAACGGGGACAUGCCCGAACAGAUAGUGAUUCACGCUCUCCAGUGCACACAUUACAUUAUCCUGUGGAACCUCGCUAAAGUGUCAGAGGGGAGCUCAUCAAAGGCUGAUAUGACUCUGGUGAGGAAGCAGUCCAGAGCGUUCUGUUUGAUGUGUCAGAGAUACCUGAGCAGCAUCAGUACAGCCGUGAAGGAGCAGGCCUUCACCAUCUUGUGCGAUGCUUUGAUGAUCUUCAGCCAUCAGAUUGUAUCAUCAGGUCGCGACGCUCUGGAGCCGCUGGUGUUCAGUCCGGACUCGUCUCUCCAGAGCGACCUGCUCAACUUCAUCCUGGACCACGUGUUCAUCGAUCAGGAUGAUGAUGGUAGCACCGACGGACAGCAGGACGAUGAAGCCAGUAAGAUUGAGGCUCUUCAUAAGCGCAGGAACCUGCUGGCGGCGUACUGUAAACUCAUCAUCUAUAACGUGGUGGAGAUGAGCACCGGUGCUGACAUCUUCAAACAGUACAUGAGAUACUAUAAUGAUUAUGGUGAUAUUAUAAAGGAGACGAUGAGUAAAACACGACAGAUCGAUAAGAUCCAGUGUGCAAAAACCCUGCUCCUCAGCCUGCAGCAGCUGUUUAACGAGAUGCUGAGUGAGCUGGGUUAUAACAUCGAUCGUUCCUCGGCGAUGUUCUGUGGGAUUAAAGAACUCGCUCGCAGGUUCUCACUGACGUUCGGCCUGGACCAGCUGAAGACCAGAGAGGCCAUCGCCAUGCUGCACAAGGAUGGUAUAGAGUUUGCGUUUAAGGAGCCGAGUCCUCAGGGUGAAGGAUACCCCCCUCUUAACCUGGCCUUCCUGGACAUCCUGAGUGAGUUCUCCUCCAAACUACUGCGCCAGGACAGGAAGACAGUACACCUGUACCUGGAGCGCUUCAUGACGUUUCAGAUGUCUCUACAGCGGGAGGAGUGCUGGCUCCCUCUCAUCUCCUACAGGAACUCUCUGCAGACUGGCAUGGACGAUGAUGCCAUGUCUGUGGUCAGCGGCAUGAGCAGUCGAGGCUCCGGCCGCAGCAGGAAGCCCAAAGCAAGCCCCGCACCAGCCAAGAGGAAACUGCCCGAGGAGGAGAGCAGCUGCAGCAGUACUGACGCCAGCGCCUGGAUGCCUCGUGAACAGCAACACCAACACACUCCAAUGAUGAUGUCACCGCACCCAGUGAUGUCACCGCACCCAGUGAUGUCACCGCACCCAGUCAUGUCGCCGCACCCCAUCAUGUCGCCGCACCCCAUCAUGUCGCCGCACCCCAUCAUGUCGCCGCACCCCGUCAUGUCACCUCAUCCAGUGAUGAUGGCGUCGCCCCACAUGACCUCCACCGUGCUGCGAGACGCCAAGAAGCUCCGUUCAGAGGAGGGAUACGUGGGCGUGUACACCAUGAGCAACCAAUCACAACACGCCACGUUACAGCAGCCACACCCACAGAUCGACUACAAUACCCAGGUAGCGUGGAUGCUGGCACAGCGGCAGCAGCAGGAGAGAGCGCACAUCCAGAACGCCAAAAUGAGGAAUCACCUGCAGCACGCCAUGAGGAGAAACGCAGGUCUGAUGGAGGACGACGAGCAGCCAAUCGUUGAAGACGUAAUGAUGUCGUCCGAGCAGAGGUUAGAGGACCUGAACGAGGGAAUGGACUUCGACACCAUGGACAUUGACCUGCCACCGUCCAAAAACCGGCGAGAGAGAACCGAGCUGAAGGCCGAUUACUUCGACCCUGCCUCCAUCAUGGACGACUCGGUUCUGAACGUCUCCAUGUUCUAACCCGGUCCGUGUGGGGGAACGCAUUAGACUCGCUUCCUCUCAUGCUUCCUCUUCCUGUUCUCCGGCGAGGCUGCACUUCCUGUUCGAAGCCUUUGUGCCAGUGCCAGCGUGUGGGCGGAGCUCUGGGAGCGGAGCGGUGUGAUUGGUCGUUCUCUGUUUAGAUUGGGGUUUUGUUUUGAUAAUUUAUAGAGAAGCUUUUCGAUGUUUGGAUGAUUUUAUAACGACAAUCAGGUGUAAAUCAGACGUUUAUAAAAGUGUGAGUAUUUAAAUCUUUCUAACUUCCUGUCUCACAUUAUUACACUUCCAGCACCGGGAGCUGAUUGGCUCUCAUGUGGUUCCUUUAGUGCUGAUUGGGUCUUAUUAGAGUUGCAUUAUUAUAUUAGUCUCACUUUUACCCGGUGGAAGGUCAGAGACGUUCUUCAGCUUCACGCUGGAGCUACACGGCUAUUCAUGCUAAACCCAGAGCUACCAGUUUAGCUUUGUUUAAGCUACAUGAUCUGAGGAUCUGAGCCAUGUUCUCCCCAUGUCAGCUAUUCUGAGUUCCUCACACCUCCCAGAGACCUACAGUAGGUGGAUUGGUCGACCUAAAAGUCGCCCCUUGUUGUAAGUGAAGCUUUGUGAUGCGUCUUUGCUCUGGUCCCACUGUGACCCUGGACGAGAACGAGUGUUGUUGAUGUGAAACACGUAUUGAUUGAUGGAUAUUCAGUGUAAAAGAGCUUUAGAUCUUCUGAUCUUAUCAUGUGGACCGUGAACUUCUUCACCCGAGGAUUGCAGGAGGAUUUGGAUCAGAACUUCUCAGAACACUCCAUCUUACAGAACGUCUCCGGGUAGACGUGCGCUCGUCACGCGCUGGGUUAGGCUGGUAGCUCCAAGACAGAAGAAUGAAGCAGGUCUGAGUGCGCUGGAGGCAUCAGAAGAGCUUCGUUUCACCACAAACUUACUUACAUUUCAUGACUGAACUUCAGACCAGAUGUGAUCACACUGAACUUUUCUAAUAUAUUCUUAUAUAUCUUUAAAUAUAGAAAUUCUAUUGAAUUCUACACGGUCUGAACCGGAGCUGGUGCUGAUUUCUCUCCUCCAGUUUCUCCAGUGUAAACGUUCAGCAGGAGAAGAAAAAUGAUCAAUUAACAUUCUUUAAUCUUCACGCUCAUUUAACUUUAGUUUCACUUUGUUUCGUUUGUUUGUUUGUUUGUUUGUUGGGGGGUGAAAUCAUGUUGGGGUGUGCUGUUCCCACGGUGACGGUAACUUAGCAUUAGAGUGUAAUCAAGGUGAUGGUUGCCAGGGAGACGGGAGAAAAUGCAUAUUUAUGAGUUUGUUUUUAAUUGGUCACAGCUGAGUUUAGACUCCGCCCCCUUUAUCCAUGUGUAGAACUGCUGAGUGUGUGUGUGUGUGUGUGUGUAAUAUUGGACUGUAUAUAAAUCCAAGUGUUUUUUAUUAUAUUUACAGAAAGAAAAAUGUCCACUGUUGUAUUUCCUGUUUGUAUUUAUGUCUAGAGAAAAACCUUUUGGAACAAAAUAAACCCGGCUGUGAUUUUAA